UUAACCACGUACAGCUUCUUCUCGUCGUGUCUGUGUGAAGUCCCGUGUGCUAUCAGCUGUUUAGCCACGUUAGCUAACAACACGUCGCCGGUCUCUGUUACGUCCACGGUAACUCGGCGGUUCAGCAUCCUGCUAGCCGCCCGGGAGGGCGAGAGUCGCGGGGAACUCGCCGACCGUAUCACCGAUCGUUCCAUACUGCAUGUGUGUUUAAAAUGAAAUAAAGUAUUGUCAUUACUUUCGGACACCCGUCGUUAGUCACGUGACUGCGCUGCAACAGGUAAUUCACCUCGCAUCGCUGAACGUUGGAGCCAUUUCCGACUUGUCACGUCGCAACAGCUGUGAUGUUUAACACGUAUUCAGCAUGAACACCUUCUACAUUGCCUUGCGAGCAGUUAGCUCACAUCUCUUCAUCUAUAUAUACAUAUAUUUAUAUCCAUGUAUUACCCUAGUGACGGCUGAUGUUCACCUGCCUUGUAUGUGUAUUGAUCAUCAGGAGCUUGAGAUCAACACACGCAGCAAUGUGCAAGUUUAUACAACUAGUUCAAGGGCAAACCGAUAAAACCCUGUGCCCUGCCAGUGAUUUUAAUCUCAGACAGAGAGUCGUCAUAACAGAUGAUUUGUGAUUUCUGGUUGGUAUGUCUGAACUUAGUCUUGAGGCUGAAUCGGGGAGGACCUCGGCCGAGGACCCUCAGAUGGAUUGUGAAGAGGCUGACAAAGCAGAGGAGAGUUUGAGUCAGGAUGUGAAGCAGGGGAGCGUAGACGACAGUAGGGGAAGAGGUAGCACAGAUGAGGUGCUGUACGACAUUGAUAUUGACAGUGGUGAAGAAAAUGCAGAAAACGGUGACGAGGAUGCUCAGAAGGAGGAUGAGGACACUCGGAGUGAGAGUGUGGCGACUUGCAGGGAUGGCGAUGCUGCACCCGAGUCUGGCAGUGUAGAUAAAUGGGGGCGGGAGACAAAUCACCAUGUAGACACCGCUGAAACGCCAGAGGAGAGUGGAGAUUCUCACACUGAAACACAGGAAAGCACUAUGGCUGAGGAGUCCCAUAGAAGCUCAGCCGCUGAGAUUCCAGUCACCAGCAAUGGAGACCUGGACCAGAGCCCUGAGACAGUAUUCCAGAGGGACUCGUAUCCCAGCGGCCCUAACCCCCUAAACUUCUCAGAGUCCUGUGUUGCCUCCAGUGACUUUGCUUCAACAACAGAGGGAAUCAUUGAAUCAGGACCAUACAAAGGGUCAGCAAGCCUGCCCACGUCUCCCGUGGCACCUGUAACUCCCAGCUCGGCUGUUGCUAGCCGCCUGGCGCGCUCUGCCAGCGAUAGUCAGGCUGAGACAGGCGCAAUGAACGCACAGCCAGUCGGUGGAGCACUGGUCCUUUCAGAUGACUUAAAGAACCCCGCCAUGGAAAAACUGGACCUAGUGAGAAAGUGGAGCAUCAACACAUAUAAAUGUACCAGGCAGAUCCUGUCAGAGAAGCUGGGUCGAGGCUCGAAGACCGUCGACCUGGAGCUAGAGGCUCAGAUCGAAGUCUUGCGUGACAACAAGAGAAAGUACCAGAAUGUGAUCAAGCUGGCUCAGACGCUGGCCAAUCAGCUGUCCCAGAUGAUGCAGACGCAGAGGCAGCUGGGCGACGCCUUUGCCGACCUCAGCCUCAAGUCACCAGAACUCCAUGAGGAGUUUGGUUACAAUGCUGACACCCAAAAGCUUUUGUCUAAAAAUGGAGAGACACUGCUGGGUGCUAUCACCUUCUUCAUCGCCAGUGUGAACACACUCGUGGACAAGACAAUCGAAGACACCAUGAUUAACAUCAAACAGUAUGAAGUAGCCAGGGUUGAGUACGAUGCAUACCGCACAGAUUUGGAGGAGUUGAAUUUGGGGCCGCGUGAUGCCAUCACCAUGCCCAAGAUCGAGCAGUCGCAGCAGCAGUUCCAGCUCCACCGUGAGAAGUACGAGAGGAUGCGAAACGACGUUUCUGUCAAGCUUAAGUUCCUGGAGGAGAACAAGGUGAAGGUUUUGCACAAUCAACUCAUCCUGUUCCACAAUGCCAUCGCUGCGUACUACGCUGGAAACCAACAGCAGCUGGAACAGACACUCAAGCAGUUCCACAUCAAGUUGAAAAUGCCAGGUGCGGACAGUCCGUCUUGGCUGGAAGAGCACUAAUCACUCGUUCCAAAGCCACAGUGGCUCAGUUUGGGGUUUUGACAGGAAUUGUCAAAUUGUACAAAUAAACAACAGGGAAACCCUCUUCUCCCUUCAACUCUACAGUCGCUGAUUUUCAAAAUCUAUGAAUUGUUAAUCUUUUAAUGAAAAUGUGCAAAAGAAAAAAAACAACAAUCUGUUUUACUCUUGAUCUUAAACAAUUCUUUUCAUCUUUACAGGUAAAUAAUAGGAAAUGCACUUUUACGCUGUUUGACAAAAAAUGUUGAACAGGAGUUGCUGCAUUAAACACAUCGGGAAACUGUUAAUGGCCUUUUUGUAUUGCAGCUUAUGAAUGUUGUAUCCCAGCGCGGCAGACACGCUGGCUCUGUAAGAGCAGCUGCAGGAUCGGAAACGUCUGCCAUUUUAUUCACACUAUUGACAUCGCCCCAACCAGCUUGGCUGAGAUCGGGAUGCAUGCUUAAUCAGGAAAAAAUAUUUUUCAACAUAUAUAUUUAAGAUUUGCCUUGACAUGUGUUGUGAUAAACGGGGCACAAUUGCUUUCAGAUGUCAGAUGGAAUUUUGCACUUGCGAAGUGAUCGCCAUACCAGCAAAGUCUGAUUAAAGUGGCAGUUUGAUAUUUUAGGAAAUAUAUUUUAUUUCGAUUUUCUUGCAUAGAAUUAAAUGAGAUGAUCAACACCAUCUUGUACAUGUCAGUUUUGAAAGCCAGCAACUGGUUAGUUGGUUAGCAUAAAGACUAGAAACAGUUAGCAUGACCAUGUCCAGAAGUUAAAAAAAAAAAAAAAAACCCUACCCUCUAAAUGACACUAAUACUAAAACCAAAGUGAAAAAAAACAACAACCAUUUUGUGGUUUUGUGGCUGUUUCCCUAUUUCCAUUCUUUAUGCUAAGCUAACCGACUGCUAUAGCUUCAUAUUAAACUGACACAGGUAUGGAGGAUGGUAUGGAUCUUCUCAUAUUCUUGUUCAAGUAUUCCCCAAAAUGUCAAACUGCUCCUUUUUUUAAACAGAGAUUUAAGAGUUGACAAUAAAUGCCAUUUUGUCAUAUUAUUAUGUCGCUGUUCCUACCGGUCCCAUCUCAGUGGACAGCUCCAAGUACAAUCACUCAGACCACGUAUGUUUGUCCGGAACACAUUUGAAGGAGCGCCGACUCAAUUGACGUCCUCUGCGUAAUGGAAGCCAAUAUUAAUUUGUACUCGGUCAGUUGUUUCUCAAAUAGUGUCACCUCGCUGUGUCCACAACGCCUGACGCCUUUGAAAAGCUCAGAGAUACUCGUAUAUUACAAGCUAUUUGAUUUGCCUGGAACACGCCACAUUGGUGCCUCCCCAUUGGUUAAAAAUGACGGCGCAUUUGAUCUUUACUAAAACAAAUGAUUUUAAGAAUUACCCUGUUUUUCAUAUGACUGAAUGAGUAUGUCUCGUGUUAAAUUCCAGAGAAAAUGAAGGACCAGUCUUACGUGACGAAACGUGCCUUGAUUUCAUAAUUUCUUUCCGCUCUACUCCUUCGUGCUAACUGGUCUUACUGUUGGAGACGGGCGCUCUCACUACCAGUUUUCAGGACCAACUCUCGAUGGCCGAGAAUGGACCAGACGCAUGAACAAACAUACACUCCAGUGAUAUAGGUAAAGCCUGUAUCAUGUCUAAACACUCCGUACGUUUGUUUUUAAUAGAAAAAGGUCCAUUGACUUCGGAGAGUCUCAAUCUGUUUGAAGAGAUGCUGUUCUGAUGGGUAUUUAUCCAUUUGCACACAUGCAUAUUUAUGCAUUGGAGACUAAUUGCAAAAAAUCGCUAAGAACUAUGAUAUGUAAGGUGUAAACCAAAAUACAAUGAUGAUGAGAAACUUUUUUUGUCUUUUGUAAAAAAAAAAAAUUAAAAGACCAGCAGACCUUUACCUGAGCUGCUAACGGUUUCCUUCAUUGGGCUUUAUAUAAAAGUAUAUUUUUCAAAGGGGACUAAUGCGCUCUGGUGUUUAUAACCAGCUGUCAUGUCUUCACCUUGUCGAUUUGUACUUUGACUAUGGCUCACUGUAGCGAUUUGAGGGUUGUGAACCUUGACCAUUUCCCCGAAAUAGGUGCAUAUAUAUAUAUAUAUAUAUAUAUAUAUAUAUAUAUAUAUAUUUGUAGUUUUCUCUAUUUUACCUUGUCUAUGACCAAUGCGGCCAUUUGGCUUCGUUUGUGGUUGUUUGGUUGUUGUUUUUUCCUCAAGACCUACAGAACGAUGUGAUAGUACUAGUGUGUACUAGUGGAUCUCUUCCUUUGUAUUAAUGAAACGUAAACAAGUGGCGAGUUAAAAAGGAAUCAGAAUUUCGUGUUACCUCUUUGGGGAAAUAAAAGUUUCAAUUCUU